AUGGUUCUUCAAGAUCUUGGGCGGCGUAUCAAUGCCGCCGUCAGUGACCUGACGAGGUCUAGUAACCUGGACGAGAAGGCAUUUGAUGGUAUGAUCAAAGAGAUUUGCGCAGCUCUCCUCGAAGCAGAUGUAAAUGUGCGACUGGUUGGAAAUCUGCGAAAGUCCAUCAAGGCGUCUGUGAACUUCAAAGACCAAGCGCCGGGCGUAAAUAAGAAGCGACUCAUCCAGAAAGCGGUUUUCGACGAACUCGUCAAACUCGUCGAUCCCCAUGCCGAGCCAUUCAAGCCUAAGAAGGGAAAGGCCAAUGUUAUUAUGUUCGUUGGAUUGCAGGGUGCAGGAAAGACGACGACUUGUACGAAGCUGGCCAGACAUUACCAAUCGAGGGGUUUCAAAGCAUGCUUGGUCUGCGCAGAUACCUUCCGUGCUGGAGCUUUCGAUCAGUUGAAGCAGAACGCUACCAAAGCGAAGAUCCCAUACUAUGGCUCUCUGACACAAACGGAUCCUGCGGUAGUUGCUAGAGAAGGUGUGGAGAAGUUCAAGAAGGAGAAAUUCGAAAUCAUUAUCGUGGAUACAUCCGGAAGACAUCGACAAGAAGACGCCCUUUUCCAAGAAAUGGUGGAUAUUCAGACUGCCGUGAAGCCGGAUCAGACUAUCAUGGUUCUAGAUGCUAGUAUUGGACAACAAGCCGAGGCGCAAAGUAAAGCUUUCAAGGAGACUGCAGAUUUUGGUGCUAUUAUUAUUACAAAGACUGAUGGACAUGCAAGUGGUGGCGGAGCUAUCUCAGCUGUUGCGGCGACUCAUACACCUAUCGUUUUCAUUGGAACCGGAGAACACAUGUUGGAUCUUGAAAGAUUUGCACCACAACAGUUCGUUUCCAAGCUGCUGGGAAUGGGAGAUAUGCAAGGUCUGGUGGAGCACGUGCAAUCACUUAAGCUGGACCAGAAGGACACCAUGAAGCACAUCGCAGAGGGAGUCUUCACAGUCCGUGAUCUUCGAGAUCAACUCUCGAACAUCAUGAAAAUGGGACCUCUCUCCAAAAUGGCAGGCAUGAUUCCAGGUAUGAGCGGCAUGAUGCAAGGAAUGGACGACGAAGAAGGCUCCAUGAAACUCAAGCGCAUGAUCUACAUCUGUGACUCCAUGACUGUCAAAGAACUCGACAGCGAUGGCAAAAUGUUUAUUGAGCAGCCAACUCGCAUGACGCGGAUAGCAUACGGAAGCGGCACCAGCGUCCGCGAAGUUGAGGAUCUUCUCACACAACACAAAAUGAUGGCUGGUAUGGCGAAGAAGAUGGGUGGCAACAUGAAGAACAUCCAACGAGCACAAGGCGCCAUGGGAGGCGGUAACAAGCAGCAGCAGAUGGCAGCUAUGCAGAAACGUCUUGCGAGCAUGGGUGGUGCGGGAGGAGCUGCGGGUGGUAUGCCGGAUAUGGGGUCAUUGAUGAAAAUGUUCGGUGGUGGAGGUGGUGGUAUGCCAGGUGGGAUGGAUAUGCAGGCUAUGAUGAAACAAAUGGGAGGUAUGAUGGGUGGAGGCGGUGCUGGCGGUGGGAGAGGAGGCCGGAGGUAG